AUGAGUGAAUUAGUUUGGGGUAUCAAGAACGGCGAUAUCGAUCAAGUUAAAGAUAUCGUCGAGAAGCAUAAAAUUGAUGUCAACGCACGUAUUGAUGGAAGAGUUCCUUUGCAUUACGCCGCAGAUUACGGUCAAACAGCGGUCCUUAAUUAUUUAUUAGAUAAAGGUGCUGACCCCAAUGUUGUAGAUAAGCAUGGAAUAUCUGUAAUCUUAGCAGCUAUUUGGGAAGGCCAUACAGAUUGUGUGAAAACAUUGCUGAAACAUGGUGCAUCCAAAAGCGGUAAAGCACCAGAUGGUACACCAUACAUUGAAGCAGCUGAAAAGGAUGAAAUCAAAGAGCUUUUGACAUAA